AUCGGGGUGCUGACGUCAGACAGGGAGAAUGUGCAGGGUGAGCAGAAGGCGAGAAGUGAGGAGAGGGCCUCGCAGCGAGGGAAAGGCCUGUGGCGAUGAGAGAUUUCGGGGCAAAGAGCAUCUUUAAGGAGAAGGGGCAGGUCGAGGAACCGACUUGGGAGGAUUCGCUCGCCAAGCAUAAGGGGAAAGGGGCUGUUGGUAAGGGGCGGGUCGAGGAACAGGGGCGGGACAAGGAGCGGAAACGGAGCGAAGAGCAAGCUCCCGGCGAGAAACAGGGGCCGGGGACAAGGGAAGGGGCGGGGCGUGGAGAGGCUCCACGACCAGGACGGGGAGAAGGAAGAGGCCGGGAUCCGCACCCGGCACCAGCGCUGGGCCAGAGCAAGGAGAAAGGGGCAGUGCGAAGAGAAGUGGGGGAUCGGAGCAAGAGCAUUCUCCAGGUUCGAGCUACGUUGUGACCUGCCCCAAGAUGUCUGCUGCUGGCCCUGUGUGGCCAAGACUUCAAGUCCUGAGGGCGCUUUGGGCACUGCUGGCGGUGCUAUUGGCACCGUGGAGGCUGUGGGCAAUUGAGGAUAUCCAGAAGUGCUCCUGGCAGGUUGCCCUGAACAAGUUCCAGACGAUAGGCAAGAACCUCGGGAGGGACCGCUUCUUCUAUCAAGAACCCCUAGGCACAGUGGACAGCUUGUUCAGCCAACUAGUGGACUCGCGCUUUGACCUGAAUAAGGAAUACCUGAGUUUCCCUUACUUCCUGAAGAUCAACUACUCCUGUGAGGGAGAGUCUUCAGAGGCCCUGGUCCGCAAGGGCUACCUGACGGGACUGAAGCCCAUGGUGCUGGUUACCUUCCAGUCCCCAGUCAACUUCCAUCACUGGAAGAUAGAGCAGCUGCAGAUUCAGAUGGAGGGAGUCCCCUUCCGCAGCAAAGCAGAGCCGUGCAAUGCAGAGGUGUGUGUCAUGAGCUGGUACACACCCAUGCCCAUCAAGAAUGGCAGCGUGGUCAUGUAUGUGGACAUCAGCAGCAAUGGCCUGGGGCCCUUCAUUCCUAAUCAAAGGUUUCAGGUGAACAUCAAUGGCUUCCUGCAGAGAACAAGAGACGACACGCUCCAGUUCACUGUGGGAAAUGAGCUCUACGAGCUGAUGCCCCAGUACUUUGUGAAUGCCCCAUCGAGGCCCCUGUGGUACACUGAGGAGCAGGCACCAGUGCUCAUCCUGGGUGGCAUUCCCGAGGAGAAGCUCAUCUUGCUGACUGACACCAGCUUCAAGGACUUCUUUCUUGUGGAGUUGAGCAUUGACAGUUGCUGGGUAAGCUCCUUCCACUGCUCCCAGGCCAGCUUCACUGCCACCAUCUAUGAUGCCAUCGCCACUGAGAGCACUCUCUUCAUCCGACAGAACCAGCUCGUCUACUAUUUUACAGGCACCUAUAUCAUACUCCACGAGGGCAACCACAGCAGUGGGAACUGGGUUCGUGUCUUGGCCAACGAGUGCAUCAAGAAACUAUGCCCUGUGCAUUUCCAUAGCAAUGGCUCUGAGUACAUCAUGGCCCUUACCACUGGCAAGCACGAAGGUUACGUCCACUUUGGGACCAUCACAGAUGGCCGAGUGUCCUUCAAGUUGCUGCCCAGGCAGUGGUCCGUGUGUGAAGGCAUACAAGGUAUCCAGCUCCCAGUUGCGUCUGCAGAGGUUGUCAUAUGCUCCAUAACCUGGGCCACAUUCAUUGCGGACGACUACAGUCUACUGUUGUUGGUGGAAAUCGAAGACUCCAAGAAGUAUUUCCAGGUGGUCAGCUACGACCUGGUCAGUGAUUACCUGGCUAUCCUCUACACCAUCCCAGAAUUCAUCCCUGAUGCUCGAGGCCUGGAGUUCCUAACGAUCCUAGGGACAGAGUCUUACACCAACCAUCCAAUGGUACCUACAGGCAUGUCCUACAACCCAUACAACAACCUGCUGUUCAUCUGGGGCAACUUCCUCCUGAGCAGCUAUAACACCGAAAACUACAUCUACCUGGCGGGCUUCCCCAAGGAGCAAUCCAUCAAGUACUUGGUCAACUCGUUCCAUGGGGACGUAGCUAUUGUCACAGAGACUGAGGAGAUAUGGUACCUCGUGGAGGGCAGCUACCAGGUGCACAAGCUGUUCCCAUCCAAGGGCUGGGAGGUGUACAUCAGCCUACAAGUGAUGCACCAGUCCUCUCUCCAUGCCCCCAACGAGACUAUGGUCACUCUCUUCUAUGAAGACAGCAAACUGUACCAGCUGGUGUACCUUAUGAAGUACAAGAAGAGCCAGCUCGUCAAGAGGCUUGUGCCUGUGGACCAGCUUCUGAUGUAUCAGAAGCUCAACAAUGAUUACCUCUUGGAGCGGCAAGGGGGCCACCUGACGCUCUCCUUCACCAACUUCUGCCCCUUCACGGUGAUGCGCCUGCGAGACCUGCCCAACCCGCAGAUCUACACGCGCCAGGAGAUCUACCGCGCGCCGCCCCCGCAUGUCCUGGACCCAUCGGGCCUCCACAACGAGGACUCGCUCGCGGUCUAUCAGGGCCUCCUCUACUACCUGCUUUGGCUGCACUCCAAGUACGAAGAGCCUUACGCCGACUCGGUGCGCGACUCCACCUGGCGAUGGUGGAAAAACAAGAAACAGGACCAGGAUUACUACUUUUACCUGGCGAGCAACGGGCGGAGCACGGGUAACAUGCACAUUGACAUGGCCAGCUAUGAAAAGAUCUGCGACCUCAAGGCCAAGUACGAGCUACCCGAGCGCAUCUUCCUGGACAAGGGCACUAGCUACAGCUUCUCCAUCUUCCUGACGGCCCGGGGGCACUCGUACCAGGCGGAGCCUGGGCGCGAAGGCACCACCUACCAGCUGCGGAGCCAAGUGAACCUGGGCGUGGUGCUGGCAGACCCGAACUGCAUUAAGGUGGUGGUGAAAGAGAAGGUCUUUGUUAAUUACAACUCGCUGCUUUUCUGGGUUACGCUCAGUGAUAAGAGGUUUUGCUUUGAUCAGGGCAUUAGUGGACAUCACCUCAUGAAGACCUCCAUCCUGGUCAAGGUAGUGGGCUCCACCGGGCACUGCUUCCAGGACACGCACCAGGGGCCCCGCAUGCAAGGCAACCUGAUGGUGCCGGUGCUUAUCGGCUGCCCCCCGGGCAAGCGCCUGGCCUUCGACACCACCUACACGCUGGAGUACAACCGCCUGAAGAAUAAACAGUACUUUGACUGUGUGCACGUUGACCCCGAGAUACCGUGCUUCCUCUUCCGUGACAGUGCGUGUCCAGUUUGCUCCCCUCCAUUGUUCACUGUCCUCUACGCCCACCCCUUGGCCCUGCUCGCUCACCUCCCCACCCAUCCUCUGCUCUUCCCCCCGGUGCGCUCAUCUCUCCUUCCUCCCCUCUCCGUCCUCUACUGCUUGGGCCAUGCUAAUUUCUUCCUGUCCUGGCCUCACCCCCACUACCCCGCAGUCUUCUACCCCUUCUUCUUGAUCCAGGAUUUGGUGACGGGAGAUUCUAGCAGUUUUCAGGGCAGCUACGUGCUGAAGGUGGUGGGUGGCGGGCCCACCCUGGACACCAUCAGGGAAUACAGCGAGGAGGAGAUUUACCGCUUCAACAGCCCCCUGGACAAGACCGACAGUCUCAUCUGGACUACAAAGAACACAACUACUACCAAAGACUCAGUCUUCAACAUCAUGUCCCACCAGAGCCUGGGCAUUGAGUGGCUGUGUCUGGAGAACUCCCCGUGCCAUGACAUGGUUCCCCAAAGCUUCUUUGCCCCCGAAUUCUUCUUCAGGGUGUUGGUGAGCAAUAGAGGCGUGGACAAGAGCACAUACUGUGACUACCAGCUCAUCUUUCUGCUGCAUAUCCACGGGCUCCCACUCAGUGCCAAGAGGGCCCUCUUCAUCCUCAGGGUGUCAGCCACUGUGUCUGUCAGCGUGGUGAUCCUCUACAUCAGCUGCUGCCUCCUGCUGCCCCUUACGGUGAAGGCCUGCAACAUUCUUCGCUGGAAGAUCAACAACAUCAUCACCUCAGAAUCCUACUACACCCACACCUCCCCUUCCAAAGUCUUCAGCAGCCCAUCAGGGACCAAAUCUGGGAGCAACCUCAGUGUCAGCUCCCAUGGCAUCUCCAUGGUGGCAAAGGAGAAGGCGGCUGCAUCUGAGGAAGCCUUGAAGAAAUUGACCUGAGCCUCUUGCCUGCCUCAUCCCGACCCAUCUCAUCCCUCAUUUCCUGGGCCAUCUGAGAAAUGCAACCCGUCACCCAUCCCAUUUCUUUCUUUCUGUUUAGCUUGAAUUUUCACUUCUCCUUCGGACCCGAGUAAAGCCUCAUUUCAGGACCAGCUGUGGGUCCUUGUAAGGGCUCACGUCCAGUUAAAUUAGUUUGUACCACAAAGCCACUAUAGGUCAUUAAAACACCAAAAGGUC